AUGACCAUGGACACAAUGGAAUCUCAGCAGGAUGGAAGUGUAACAGAUUCUGUGGCAGAGAACGAAUCUGCACAUAUGCAGAACCAGACUGGUCAAAAUUCAAUCCCUACUUUAACUCAGGUUUCUGUAGCUGGAUCAGGCACCGGAAGAGGCUCCCCAGCUGUAACUCUAGUACAGUUACCUUCGGGCCAAACUGUUCAUGUCCAGGGAAUAAUUCAGACACCACAGCCAUCGGUUAUUCAGUCACCACAAAUACAAACUGUUCAGGUAGCAACAAUUGCAGAGACAGAUGAGUCUGCAGAAUCAGAAGGUGUAAUUGAUUCUCAUAAACGUAGAGAAAUCCUUUCACGAAGACCCUCUUAUAGAAAAAUACUGAAUGAACUUUCCUCUGAUGUGCCUGGUGUUCCCAAGAUUGAAGAAGAAAAAUCAGAGGAAGAAGGAACGCCACCUAACAUCGCUACCAUGGCAGUACCGACUAGCAUAUAUCAGACUAGCACGGGGCAAUACAUUGCUAUAGCCCAAGGUGGAACAAUCCAGAUUUCUAACCCAGGAUCUGAUGGUGUUCAGGGACUACAGGCAUUAACAAUGACAAAUUCAGGAGCUCCUCCACCAGGUGCUACAAUUGUACAGUAUGCAGCACAAUCAGCUGAUGGCACACAGCAGUUCUUUGUCCCAGGCAGCCAGGUUGUUGUUCAAGAUGAGGAAACUGAACUUGCCCCAAGUCACAUGGCUGCCGCCACUGGUGACAUGCCAACUUACCAGAUCCGAGCUCCUACUACUGCAUUGCCACAGGGAGUAGUGAUGGCUGCCUCGCCAGGAAGUUUGCACAGUCCCCAGCAACUAGCUGAAGAAGCAACACGCAAACGAGAGCUGAGGCUAAUGAAAAACAGGGAAGCUGCCCGGGAGUGUCGCAGGAAGAAGAAAGAAUAUGUCAAAUGUCUUGAAAAUCGUGUGGCUGUGCUUGAAAACCAAAACAAGACUCUCAUUGAGGAACUCAAAGCCCUCAAAGAUCUUUAUUGCCAUAAAGCAGAGUAACUGUCUUUGACUUGGACCUUGUUUACUGUGAACUCUAAUCAAGGCAGGAGAUGCAGCAAUUCUACUAAUUGCCAUGUGGACUUGUGGAAGGGACACUUGUGACCCUUGAGAAUCCAGUGUGGCUUAGUGUUUGACAUUGAAUUGGGUAUGCUGUUCCAAGAUUUGGAAUGCAGCCAUGAUCAGAUUUACCAAGCUUACUUCAGUCUGCUUGUCAAUAGCACGCAAAAAAAAUGUUUUGUUUGCCCUCUUGCUUCUACUUUUUUUCAGGGAAGCUGCUAAAGAAUGUCGACGUCGAAAGAAAGAAUAUGUAAAAUGUCUGGAGAGUCGAGUUGCAGUGCUGGAAGUUCAGAACAAGAAGCUCAUAGAGGAACUCGAAACUUUGAAAGACAUUUGCUCUCCUAAAACAGAUUAGUAGAAAUAUUUAA